AUGAUAAACCAAAUCAACCCGAGCCUUCCUCUAUUACUCGAGAAGAAAUCAGUUGAGCUUGUUAAACCUUCAAAACACACUCCUUCUGGAAAUCUCUUCCUUUCUAGCUUAGACAACAACCCUCUCGACGAAAUUAGGCAUGCAAUCGUUUACGUUUUCGAAGCAAAUGAAAAGAAUCAGAAUGAUCCGGUCUCUUUGCUAAGGAAGGCUUUGUCUGAACUUCUUGUGUAUUACUAUCCACUUUCAGGCAGGCUAGUGAGACGGAAAAGUGAUCGAAGGUUUCAGCUGGUUUGUAAUAGUGAGGGAGUCCAUUUUGUGGUCGCUGAAGCAGCUCCUGAUCUUCGCUCUCUAAACUAUAUAGAAAACUUUGUUGAUGAAGUUGCAUUAAAGCUUGUGCCUGAGUUCGAGCCUAACUACGAAAAUGAGAUGGCUUGUCAUCCUCUCGCUAUGCAGGUGUAG